GGCCACAGGCCGGGUGUAGGUUCCUGCCUUUUGCGGUGUUAGACGUGGAGCCAACAGGUGGGGCCGACGCCGCCGCAAUGUCCCGCCACCUGUCGCCGACCAGGCCCGCCACGGUGCUGGGAGCCAUGGAGAUGGGGCGCCGCAUGUCCCCGUCUGCCAGCGCCGCAGCGGUGCGCGCCUUUCUCGAGCGCGGCCACACGGAGAUAGACACGGCGGUAAUAUACAGCGACGGCCAGUCCGAGAGCAUCCUGGGCGGCCUGGGGCUCGGGCUGGGCGCCGCCGGCUGCAAAGUGAAAAUUGCUACCAAGGCCAACCCUUGGUAUGGAAACUCACUGAAGCCAGACAGUCUGCGGUCCCAGCUGGAGACGUCACUGAAGAGGCUGCAGUGCCCCCGGGUGGACCUCUUCUACCUACAUGCACCAGACCACGGCACCCCCGUGGAAGAGACGCUGCGAGCCUGCCACCAGCUGCACCAGGAGGGCAAGUUUGUGGAGCUUGGCCUCUCUAACUACGCCGCCUGGGAGGUGGCCGAGAUCUGCACCCUCUGCAGGAGCAACGGCUGGGUCCUGCCCACGGUGUACCAGGGCAUGUACAACGCCACCACCCGGCAGGUGGAGACCGAGCCCGUUCCCUGACUCCGGGACUUUAGGCACUUUGGAUUGAGGUUCUACGCCUACAACCCUCUGGCUGGGGGCCUGCUGACCGGCAAGUACAAGUUUGAGGACAAGGAGGAGAAUAAGUCCGGGAGCCGCUUUUUUGGGACUGAACUGUCAGAGAUAUACAGGAAUCGCUACUGGAAGGAGCACCACUUCAAGGCCAUCGCCCUGGUGGAGAAGGCCCUGCAGGCCACGUACGGCGCCAGCACCCCCAGCAUGACCUCGGCCACCCUCCGGUGGAUGUACCACCACUCACAGCUGCAGGGUGCCCGUGGGGACGCAGUCAUCUUGGGCAUGUCCAGCCUGGAGCAACUGGAGCAGAACCUGGCGGCAACUGAGGAAGGGCCUCUGGAGCCUGCUGUCGUGGAGGCCUUUAAGCAAGCCUGGCACCUGGUUGCCCACGAGUGUCCCAACUACUUCCGCUAGGCACAGACCAAACAUGAGGUUUGCAGGGCAUAGCCUGCCACCUCUUUCAUCCUUUCCACUUUGGGUCUUCCCCACCCUCAGCCAGUCCUUCCCCCACCUCCUCUGUAACCCUGUGAUACGCCCAGCUGUCUGUCUCAUCGUGCCAUGGGAUCUUGCUGGAGCUCAACUCUGAACCUUAUGAAUCUGUCCCCUGUGGCCUGCUUCCUGAGGGCUUCGUAAGGGGGACACAGGAGCAUGGACUAAGGUCUUUGGAAUCUGAAAGUAAGGGGAGGGUCUCGCCUCCCGUUCUAGCCUGAACAGUGGGACUGGAGGUAGCCCUCACUCUCCUAUGCAAGACAAAAAAGAGGGCCACACACUGAGAUAAAUCUUUUCUACUAUUUUCACAAAAUGCUUACAAAUAAAGGAAUAUGGGCAAAACCUA